AGAAGAAGACGUGCCAGGCUGGCCGGGCUCGGUUUGUUUUGCUCCCAGGUGUGGCGAACUCUGGCGGAGUGGCCGCAGCGGGAGGAUGGCCUUCGCCCUGCCGGUGUGGCUGGCAGUCCAGGAGGAGCUGCUCCAGCAGGAGGAGGCGGACUGCGGGACGUCGAGCUGCUUCGACAGUCUGGACGACGAAGCCCUGUUUGACAUGUUCCACCUCACCAGACCCUGCAUCGCCUUCAUCGUGGACGCGGUGCGCCUCCGCAUGAAGAAACACGCCACGAAGCGGCCCGUCCACUCCGUGGACACGAUGGUGAUGGUGGCCCUCAACUAUUACGCGCACGGGAUGUGCUCCACGGCGGUCCUGCAGAGGCUGGGGCUCGAUCACGUCAACUAUCCCAUGAACAUCGUCAGCAAGGUCUCGGGCGUCAUCGCGGGCAUGUCCGACCAGUUCAUCUCCUUCCCGCUGUGUGCGGAGGCGAGAAGCAGCUUGGCCUCGAAGAUGGAGAAGUCCUGCGGGAUCCCCGGCGUGCUGGGGGUCCUGGCUCCAGCCCACUUCAAGAUCAGGGUGUCUCCGUACGAGAGGCAGACCUUCAAGUCGUUUCUCAACACGCAGGGCUACACGUCGGUGGUGAGCCAGAUGAUCUUUGACUCGGACGGAAACAUCAUGAGCGUGGAGAAGUGCACCGUGGGCGGCACGUGCGAGCAGGAGAUGUGGGACUCGUCGCUCAAGGGGAGAGAGAUGGAGGAAGACGUGCACGGACCCUUCUGGGUUAUCGGUGGGAAAGGCUACCGCCAAAGCAAACACGUUUUGACUCCUCUUUUAAGCCCGACAAGUGACAGUGAAUUCCGUUUCAACGAAGCGCACGCAAAAAUUUAUGAAGUCAUCCGAACAACACUGGGCACCAUGAAGAGGCGUUUCAAGUGUCUACUGCAGCUUGGAUUUGCAGAACAAGGCUCCUUAAGCAAAAAAUCCAACAUCAUCAAGUCCUGCUGCGUACUUCACAACAUCGCAAAGAAGUUCUCCGUGGCCCCUCCGCCUGUCGCUGGGAAGAUUGAGCCCUUCAACCCAGUGAAGCAGCCGUUGGUGCCGGCGGAAAUUCACCCCGAGGCCCAAAAAGCCCGACAGGAACUUAUUGAAGCUAACUUCUCUGAUGUCUCCAGCAGUCAGGACUGAGUGGACGGUGACACCAGAGGAGCAGGAUGUUUGUGCUGAAUUUCAGGAGGUUUGAGAAGCAAUCUGUGAUAUCAGCUAACUGAGGACAAACACAGGAACCAAGACCAGUUUAACUUUGCACAGUCUGGUAUUAUAUGGAAAUGAAACACUUUAUUUCUUUUGAACACAAUUUUUUCUUUUUACAUUUGUUAUUAACAAUAAAUGUGUAAAACAUU